AUGAAGAAACAUAAAUCCUACAUCAAUUAUGAAGACAUAAUAGAAAAACCUACUUCUUUGAAUAAUAUGUAAUAAUCAUUUAAUCUUAAUGUAAAUGUAAAAUAACUCAAAUAAUAAUCAUCUCCUAAUAUACAACUAAUUAAUUAGAAGAAGCCUUAUCUUUAAUCAAGGACUAAUAAUCGUAAUAGUCUUCCAGUAUUAAGAUCUGCAUUAUAAUCAUAAUUAAUUGAGAGGGAUUUACAAUUCAAUUAGAAAGAUUAUGAUAAAUUAAAAACUGAACAUGAAAACCUUAAAAUAACAUAUUCUAAAUAAGAAUCACUUCUUUAAUAACUUAUAAAUGAGAAUGCUUAGUUGAAGAAUCUAAAUGUUGAACUUAAAAAUUAAAUUGAUGAUCUUAAAAUCAAUAUUAAAAGAUAUUAAUAGAAUGAUGAGGCAGCUUAUUAAUAAUAUCUCUCAAAUUAAUAAGAGUUGAUAAUAAAAGAAUUAAAAUCAAAGAUAAAUUAAUUAUCUGAGAAACUUAUCAUUAUGGAAAAACAAGCUAAUUAACCAGCUAAUCAUCUAAUUUAUGUUAAUGAAAUAUAAAGUUUAUGUCUAGAUUUAAAAAGACAUUUAGAAUGUAAAUAUUGUGGAAAAGAAUUAAAAGAUCCAGUGACUUUAAUACCCUGUGCUCAUUCUUAUUGUAAGGCAUGUAGAAAAGGUUAUUCAAAUGAUUGUUUUUUGUGUGGCAAAGAACUAAAAUUGGAAGCAGUGUAUCUAAAUUAAUUUAUGAUUGACAUGAUGGCAUUAUAUAAACGAAAUAUUGGACUCAUUGAAUAGUUGAAAAAUAAUUUAUGAAUUAAUAAUCUAAGAAUAA